AUGGAUAACCUUGGGGCUGCUAUACGGAAUGGUGCACCCAUGGGACCUUGUGGUGCAUGUGGUCAAAUGGGACACUUAAGUCAAAACUGCAAGAUGCCAAGUUAUGCAAAAAUUUUUAAGGAGAUGAUCUCCAUCAGAGAAAGUGGGAAGGAGGAUUCCGUUGGACCAAUUAUGGCUAAAAUUGCAAUAGGCAGCUUCAGAGAGGCCUUGCAGCCGGACUGUCUCCAAGCCCUCAUCGUCGAACAUUAUCACAUCAAUACUUGCUACUUAAAUCUCAAUUUGUCUUGCUUUUUGCUAGCGGCGGGCUUCCGUAUUUCCGGCGGGCACCUCAACCCGGCGGUCACCCUUGGGCUUUGCGUCGGCGGUCAUAUCACCGUAGUUAGAUCAAUUCUGUAUUGGAUUGAUCAGUUGUUGGCUUCUGUGGCUGCAUGCGCUCUCCUAAGUUAUCUCACUGGUGGACUGACAACGCCAAUACAUUCACUGGCAAGUGGAGUGGGGGUCACACAAGGUGUGAUAAUGGAGAUUGUGUUGACAUUUUCGCUGCUCUUCACAGUCUACACUACAAUAGUGGACCCGAAGAAGGGCAUCAUUGAUGGGCUGGGCCCACUUCUUACUGGGCUCGUUGUUGGGGCGAAUAUCAUGGCUGGGGGGCCUUUCUCUGGGGCCUCCAUGAACCCAGCUAGGUCUUUUGGGCCUGCUUUGGUUAGUGGAGAUUGGAGUGACCACUGGGUGUACUGGGUUGGGCCUCUGAUCGGUGGUGGGCUUGCAGGCUUCAUCUAUGAGAAUUUCUUCAUUGUUAGGUCUCACCUUCCACUCUCAGGAGACGAUGCUUUCUAAGCUAUGAUGAUCAAAGAGUUUUCACUCUUUCUUUCACUUAUUUUGUAUGUUAAUUUGCCUUUGGGAUUGUACCAAAUUACAAUAAAAAUGUGAAAAUUUUCUCUGAUC